UAUUUUUUUUCUUUAAGAUGGGUAAGGCUGCUUCCUAAUAGAAAUCUUGUUGACAAAUAUCUAAGACAAGAUUUUAUUGCGGUUCUUUCCCUCUCCUUUCCCAAACGGAUUUCUAACGCGGAGUUCCGGUUCUCCCCUGCCUCGAUCUAUAUACCCUACUACUAACAACUAAUAUAGUCACAUCAUGUUAAUCAGCACUAUAUAUAAGGCAUUCGACGACUAUUAUUGACUAUUAUUGGCUCACAUAGCAAGUUUGAACUGUCAAAAGUCCGCCGAGAAAAAAUUAUACAUUUUCGCAGAAAAUUCUACAUAAAAUUCUAUACGUAAAAUGUGGUGGAUCUUACAAUCUAUUUUAAAUUGGAUACGAUCGCUUGUUUUAAGAUUUAUAAAAACUGGCGCAAUACCAACCCAUAUUGCAUUCAUUAUGGAUGGGAAUAGACGCUAUGCGAAGAAAAGAAAGAUAGCCAGAAGAGAGGGACACUUCUUGGGAUUUGAAAAAAUGAUGGAAACAUUGAAAUGGUGCUUAGACCUCGGCAUUACAGAGAUCACAGUUUAUGCUUUUAGCAUAAAUAACUUUAAACGUAGUGAAGAAGAAGUCAAUGAUCUCAUGGAUCUUAUCAGGCAAAAGUUCAAAAGUUUUUUAGAAAAAUUAGACGAACUGAAGAACGAUGGAAUUUGCAUUCGUGUGUUUGGUAACUUGUCCUUGCUUCCAGAAGAUGUAUGCCAAAUAAUUGCUCGAUGUAUGAUCGCCACGAAGGAUAAUAAUAAAAUAAUUUUAAAUAUAGCUUGCCCUUAUACAUCAAAGGAUGAACUUACUCAUGCAAUUAAAGACAUAGCAAAAGGUAUAAAACAUAAUAAUAUCUUACCAGAAGAUAUUAACGAAGAUUUGAUUUCUGACUGCUUGUAUACUUACAAAUCUUCAAAUCCAGAUUUAUUAAUUCGUACUUCCGGAGUAUUUCGACUUAGUGACUUUCUCAUGUGGCAAGUUUCUAACACUUGCAUCUACUUUACCGAUGUUUUAUGGCCUGAAUUCACUUCAUGGAAAUUUCUCGCUGCAAUCUUUUAUUAUCAAAGAUCUGACUCGCAAAAAGUUAUGAACAAUUUAAAACCUAUUGUGCAUAAUAGUAAUAAAAUAGCUAUGUUUGUUGAUAAAAUACAUCACGAACGCGAAACUAUAAUUGAAAAUAUCAGCAAUAAUUACGAGCAAUUGUUCUAAAAAUGUAUGAGUGUAUAAUAACUAUAAUAAGUGUAUAAUAAAAAUAAUGUAAAUAUUGCA